AUGGCACACAUCUCCCUUCUCACUCCCUUCUUCUUCUUCUUCUUCUUUCUCUUCUCCACACUCCCACCACUCUCACUCUCCAAACCCGACACCAGAGCCACUCUCUCUCUCCUCAUGACCAUAAAAUCCUCCUUAGACCCUCUGAACCAGGUUCUUACAUCAUGGCACCACCGAGCUCAGCCAUGCAGCACCGCCGGCUUCGAAGGGGUAGCCUGCGACGGCGGUGGCUACGUUGUCAACAUCUCGCUGCAGGGAAAGGGGCUUUCCGGCGAGAUACCGCCGGAGAUCGGCCGCCUCAGAGGCUUGACCGGCUUGUACCUGCAUUUCAACAAGCUUCAGGGGGUUGUACCCAAGGAGAUUGCGAAUCUCACCGACCUCACCGAUUUGUACCUUGACGUUAACGAUCUUUCCGGUCAAAUACCCCCUGAAAUUGGUCAAAUGCCCAAUCUUCAAGCUCUGCAGAGGCUGAACGAAGGCUUCCAGUUCACAAACAACACGGGAUUAUGCGGAACCGCAUUUGCUUCCCUUCAAAACUGCACUCUCUCUAAUCAAGACACGACCAAACCCGAACCAUCCGGGCCUUACCUGGCCCGUAUGCCCUCUAAACAAAUUCCCGAGUCGGCGAACAUACCAAACCCUCUCAACCGGGCCAAGAAGCCCAAAUUAGGGCCCACAUCAGUACACUUAAUAUCCGGCCUAAUUAUACUUCUCAUCCUCACCGGGCUUUUCUCAUUUCUAUACCACCGCCGUUUGAAGCAAAAAGUCGGGUGCUCAUCCGAAACCGGCGUCAAUCGGCCGAGCGUAGACAAAAACGUGCAUAAGACAAAAGCUAGCCGAAGCUCGUCCCCUCUCGCGGGCCUCGAUUGCUCGAGUGGGUGGGAUUUGGUGGCCAAAAGGGAAGACCCGAGCACUUUCUCUCAGGAGGUUCUCGAGAGCUAUAUGUAUAACUUGGAUGAGGUUGAACGGGCCACGAGCCACUUCUCGGACGUGAACUUGUUGGGAAAGAGCGGAUUUUCGGCGGUUUAUAAAGGGAUUAUGAGGGAUGGUAGUUUGGUUGCGGUCAAGUGCAUCUCGAGGGUCAGUUGCAAUAGUGACGAGGACGAGUUUUUUAAGGGUUUGAAGGUUUUGACGUCUUUAAGACACGAGAAUCUCGUGAGGUUGAGAGGGUUUUGUUGUUCGAGAGGCAGGGGUGAGUGUUUUCUUUUGUAUGAGUUUGUUCCCAAUGGAAAUUUGUUGCAGUAUCUCGACUUGAAGGAUGGUAGUAGGAGAAGAUAUUUGCAUGGGAACAAGCACGGAAAACCCACAUUGCUCCACAGGAACAUAUCGGCUGAGAAGAUACUAAUCGAUCAACAAUACAAACCUCACCUUUCGGAUUCGGGCAUUCACAAGCUGCUGGCAGAUGACAUUAUCUACUCGGCACUCAAGUCGAGUGCUGCCAUGGGUUAUCUGGCUCCAGAGUACACAAGCACUGGCAAAUUCACGGAAAAAAGUGACGUAUACGCGUUUGGGAUGAUCGUAUUCCAAAUCCUGUCGGGCAAAAGUCGAGUCACGCAGCUAAACUGCCACGCGGCAGAGAUUUCGAGAUUCCAAGAUUUUAUCGACUCGAAUCUUGGCGGGAAGUUUGAAGAGUCUGAGGCGGCUAGGCUGGGCGAGGUUGCUCUUUCGUGCACGCACGAAAAUCCGGAUCAGAGACCGGAUAUCAGGGCAUUAAUGGGGGAACUGAAUGAUAUCUGUUCAGAUUCUUGA